CACACACACACACACACACACACACACACACACACACACACACACACACACACUUGGCCCCCAGGAGCCAAGACGGAAACGACAAGAGUGAGAGAGAGAUUGAGAGGUGGAAAGAAAAACACAAGAAAAGAAAAGAAAAGAAAAAGAGGAGGAGGGGCUGAGGAGAGGAGAGCAAACACACCAGGAGUCAAGGGGCUACCUCUGAGCCGCCUGUGGCCAGAGGAACAGUUCCAUUUAGGAGCGCACGAACCAGUGCAGUAACCUCUCACCAAACAGACAAACAAUUUGGAGUAAUCAGGCAAAGGAUAACGACUGACUGCUUUGUGAAGCUGCUCUGAUAGCUGCCAUCUAGGCAGUGCUUGUCAGCCAGGGUCAGAACUCCAUCAUCCAUAAUCCAGCUGUGUCUACCUGCGUCUACCUUUGAUGCCUGUCCUACCUGCGUGCCCAGGUGUAGCAUCUUCAUCUUCAUCUACCUGGGGCUCCAUCUCCCUUUGAUGCCUCUUCGUCCAGGUCUAUCCUCCGCAUCAUCGUCAUCGUCAUCAUGAAGCCCCUGACCCCCAUCGGCUCCCCGUCCCCCCUCCGUCUCCUGAACAAGGGACCAGACUACCUGCGCCGGCAGAUGGACUCUGGCUCGCGGUGCCGCUCGGUGAGCGCAGUGGAGCGUCUGGAGGCCGACAAGGCCAAGUACGUCAAGAGCCAGCAGGUGAUCAACACCAAGCAGGAGCCCGCUGUGCUGGUGCCAUGCGCCACCCCGCCACCCCCGCCCCGCCGCCAGCUCACCCUGCCCGUGGGCUCCAUGUCCGCUUGCUCUACGCCGCGCAUGCCGCACCGCUGGCGUCACCACGGAAACAAUGGGUUUAGUCUGUCUAGUCCUCUGUCGCCGAGGGAUGAUAGCGAGGACGACUCCAGGAAGGAGAACAGGGACGAUGAGGAUGAUGAGGAGGAGGAGGAGGAGGAGGAGGAAGUGAUGCGGACAUUGAAGGCAGGAUUUCCUGUCAGGAAGAGUCUAGAAGAACAGCAGAAUCGCACCAACGCCAACAAGGUGUUGAAGCUGUCACCGCAGCCCCUAAUGUCCCCAACGCAACAGACCAUAAUGUCCCCGGUGAACAAGCUGUCCCCGGCGACGCCCCUGUCCUCCCCACCUGGUGUACCCCUUGUGGCCCCCCACAGCGCCCCAAUGCUACGACGUAGCACCGGCAAACGCAUGCUGCGACCCGAUUCGCUGGUCAUCUACCGGCAGAAGAAGGAGUGCAAGUCUCCGACGGGCGCCGGGGACAACCACAACAGCAGCGUUGCCACGGAGACCAAGGGCUACAGCUUUGUGCGGCGGCUCUUCCAGGGUUCCAUGCGGGAGAAGAGAAGCAGCAGCGGUGGCGACAAGAUGACCAUCGCUGAGGAGAAGGCCUCGUCGCGCGACGGAGACUCCCGCAUGUCCUGGUCCAACGACAAGACCUCGGUGGACGGCGGCAACGAGACGAGACGCUCCAGCCGCUCCGACCGGGAGCGCUCCGUCGAGUCCAUGACGGCAGACAACGGGAACGUGUAUCUAACCGAGAGACAUGUGAAGAAGCCCAACCCAGCGUUAACCAGCGACUGCUCCAACAACAACACCACCACGACAACAGCCACCACCACAGCCACAACAAACGACGACAUGGACCCCUGGAAGCCUGUGGUUCCGCUUCCGUCGGUGGUGUUCCGGAACGGGAAGCUGCAGCGUUCCCAGUCGGAGCUACGCCUGCGCUGCUCCUCGCUCGCGCUCUCCGACCAGGAGCGCUUCUUCGACUUCUGCGGCCUGGACGGCGAAGUCGUCGAGCGCAUCGGAGCGCAUCACUUCCUAUCGGGCGCCAGCUCGGUGGACACGCUCUCGCUCAUCCUGCGCUCCGUGGAGAGCGGAGAAAGGGGGGGAGGAGGAGGCGGUGGCGUGGGAGGCUCGGAGCCUAGCGAGUUCUCGCGCCACUCAGGGGAGGGGCUGUUCCAGGAGGAGCUGGCCGAGCAGCAGCAGAUGCCAACAGGGGUGUCCAUCAUCGAGAGGAACGCACGUGUCAUCAAGUGGCUCUACGGCUGCAAGAACGCGCAGAAGGACACCGGGCCCAAGGAGUCCACGGUGUAGACACCAGCACCCAAACCCACUAGCCCAAGGAGUCCACACUGUAGACACUAGCUUCUACACUAAUCCACCCCACUUGUCCAAGGAGUGUACUGUGUGGACACCCACUAGUCCAAAGAGUCUAUGGUGUAGCAUCCAAAGCUUUGGCCCAAUGAGUCCACAGUGUAGGACAACUCCACAUUCACCGGCCCAAGGUCCAAGUCACCAAGGAGUACAGACUGUACACACCAACCUAAAUCUAAUCUGCCACACUGACCCAUUGGACUGUAACACUAAAAAGGUGUCCCAAUCCACUAGUCCAACAGCAACCAUUAAUUUGCCAACUGACCCACCAGACUCGAUCACUUAAAAGGCUGCCCAUUUGCUUCAUGGACUGCCCUCGUUUGGUCCAUGCCAGCCAAACACUCAAUUGCCCCCAUCAAACCUGCCGAUCAAAACCAAACCCCCUCAAGAGACACCCAUCCCAUCUGCCCUAAAUGGACUCCCACUGAAGACUCAAAGGGUUCCAAUCUGCUCUGUCUGGCCUAAGAGAGAUACAGUAAUCACUCAAAAAGGGGCAUGGAACAUGUAUGGGCUUCACUCCUGUACAUUCGCCCAUGGGACCCAGACAGACAAGGGACCCCACCCUGUCUUCCCAGCUGCCCAUUAGAUUUGAACACUGAAAGGGGCCCGAUUAUACACCUAUGCAUAGACUUACCAGAGGUAGAAUGUGUGCUGAAGUACAGCACAGAAUAAAGAGAGCCCUCAGGACUCAGCAUACAAUGGUAUACAUGUUUAGAGGGCACACGGAGCUGAGUAUACCACGAUAUACAGAUGGCACACGGAACUGAGUAUACCACGAUAUACAGAUGGCACACGGAACUGAGUAUACCACAAUAUACGGAUGGCACACGGAACUGAGUAUACCAGAGCCACAGAGGGCACACAGGACCUGGAGUAGCACCACAAUCUAGAGAGGGCACGUUGAACUGUGAACUGUGAACGUUGAACUGCCCCUUUGAAGAACUGUUACGCUAUAGGGAAGUAAUUUACUUCUGAGAGAUCAAUAUGCUGUAUUUAUUUUUAUUUUACUCAUGUGAGAAUAUGUGAGAGACUGUAAGCCCUGUGAAUGCAACAACCAACCCCCCGCCUCUGAAAAAUAUACUGUUUAAUGAUCAUUUUGUUCUUCUUUCUAAAACAGUCCAUGACUUUAUCUCAAUUGUGUGAUGCAAGGUUAUAUUGUCUAGUGUGUUGUUGCAUCAACUGUGUUGUUUGCUGCAUUCUCUGUGUCUGCAAUAAGGUAAUAAUUCAGGGCUGAUACAAAUGGAAAAAAAACACACACACACGCACACCAAGCUUUGUGUUCCCCCGAAACUAGAAAAAGUGAAGUGAGUGGUAAGCGAACCGUGUGUACCUCAUUCUUUUCCUGUCCCAGUUUUGAGUUUGUGUUUGUGGCUUUUCAUAUAUUUUUAUUUUAUUCUAUUGUUUUUUUUCUUCCUGAAACGCGGGCGUUGGAACAAACAUGGCAUGCACCCCUAUGGGGCUUGAAGAGCACUGAACU